UGCUUGUCAGCCGGAGACUCUGGGUAAUUUUAAUGGCGAAGUCCUGAGUAAAGCGACAUCUGUUAACAGCGAAUACAGAGCAGCGGUUCCUUUGUGGGUUAGUUAUAUAUUCGUGAACGUAGCGAGUCACUAAGUAGUAACCAGUUGCUGUAAUACAUUAACAUUUCACCUGCCGUUAAACUUCAAGAAAUGGCCGAAACUAACUCUGACCAAGUCAGUGACUUGAAACAUGACAGCAUUGUUUCCCCUGGGAUUUCAGACCAGGAAAAGGAGAUGGCUACAAAUGCCUUUGAAGCGUUUACGUCUGGAAACUAUGAUGAUGCCCUAAAGCAGCUAGAAAGUCUCCAGGAGCUGAACAAAGAUGACUACAAGAUUGCCAUGAACAAAGCUGUCACUGAGUUUUACAGAAGUGGCCAGACAACCACGAGCACCUUGAAGCAAACUUUAAUGCUGAUAAAAAAUCAGGUGCAUUCCGCUGUGGAGGAUAUCGAUGGUUUAGAUGAUGUUGAAAACAGCAUUCUCUAUUACAAUCAAGCCAUCAUUCACUACCACAUGCGGCAGUACUCAGAAGCAAUAGCCAUUGGAGAGAAGCUCUACCAGUUUCUGGAACCUUUUGAAGAGAAGUUUGCUCAGGCGGUGUGCUUCCUGUUGGUGGAUCUUUACCUGCUCACCUUCCAGCCAGAGAAAGCUCUACAUCUACUUGCAGUGCUGGAGAAAUUCUCUGUACAAGGCAACAACAAAAAUGGCAAAGGAGAGGGUACGAGUAGCUCAGCCAGAGAAUCUGCUGCUCAGAAAGCUGAAUUUGCCGCCAUGAUCGAGGCAGCCAAGUCCCGGAUGCAUCAGUAUAAAGUGCGGGCCUACAUUCAGAUGAAAUCCCUCAAGGCUUGUAAAAGAGAGAUCAAGUCUGUUAUGAACACAGCUGGAAAUUCUGCUCCAUCUCUCUUUCUGAAGAGUAAUUUUGAGUAUCUGAGGGGAAAUUACCGUAAAGCAGUGAAGCUCCUCAAUAGCUCUAACAUUGCUGAACAUCCUGGACCCCUCAAGACAGGUGAAUGUGUGCGCUGCAUGUUCUGGAAUAAUCUGGGCUGUAUUCACUUUGCUAUGGGGAAGCACAACCUGGGCAUCUUCUACUUUAAGAAAGCCCUGCAAGAGAAUGACCAUACAUGUGCACAGCUAGGAGAUGGCAAGAACGGCCAGGCUAAAAAGUUCACAGGUAUUCCCAUGUGUGCUCUGCUGGCAAAUAAGCGCUAUGAGCUGCUUUAUAACUGUGGCAUUCAGCUUCUGCACCUUGGCCGGCCGCUGGCCGCCUUUGAGUGUUUAAUGGAGGCGGUGCAAGUAUACCACUCGAACCCUCGUCUCUGGCUGCGGCUCGCGGAGUGCUGCAUUGCUGCCAACAAAGGGAGUUCAGAGCAGGAAUCUAAAGGUUUGCCCAGUAAAAAGGGGAUAGUUCAGUCCACUGUAGGACAGGGAUAUCAUCGCAAGAUUGUCCUGGCAUCGCAAUCCACACAGAACACAACCUACAGUGAGGGUCAGUCAGCAGCCAUCCCUGUAGCGAGUAUGGAGUUUGCAGCAAUCUGUUUGAGGAAUGCGUUGCUCCUGCUGCCCGAGCACCAGCAACAUGAGGGCAAACCAGAGAAUGGCUCUAAAAACUCCAGCCAAUCAGGCAGCACAGAGAGCGGCAGUGAGAACAGUGAUGCCUGCAGUGGGAAGAGCCAAGAGGGAGACAAGUUCAUUCCUGCUGCUCCCUCAUCACCUCUCAGAAAACAGGAAGUUGAGAACCUCAGGUGCUGCAUUUUAGCCUGUAGUGCAUAUGUGGCUUUGGCCCUUGGGGACAACUUGAUGGCACUUACCCAUGCAGAUAAACUCUUACAUCAGCCCAAGCUGUCAGGAUCCCUCAAGUUCCUGGGUCAUUUAUAUGCUGCUGAAGCUCUGAUCUCUCUGGACCGAAUCUCUGAUGCCAUCACUCACCUCAACCCAGAGAAUGUUACUGACGUGUCACUAGGUGUGUCACCCAGUGAACAAGACCAAGGGUCAGAUAAAGGAGAUUUAGAGCCUGUUGAAUCCUCAGGGAAACAGACUCCUCUGUGUUACCCCAGUAGUCUGAGCUCUGCCAGGGCCAUGAUGCUCUUUAAUUUGGGCAGUGCUUAUUGUCUGAGGAGUGAAUACGAGAAAGCACGCAAGUGUCUUCAUCAGGCGGCCUCUAUGGUCAGUGCAAAAGAGAUUCCACCAGAAGCUAUUUUACUGGCAGUCUACCUGGAGCUGCAGAAUGGUAACACGCAGCUGGCUCUCCAGAUCAUCAAACGGAAUCAGUUACUCCCGUCAGUGAAGGCCUCGUCCUCUCCAGACCCACGUAAGAAGCCUCAGCCAUUCCAGUCUGUGCAGCCCAUCCAGCCUAUACAGAUGCCCUCUUCCUUCACACAAGUCCAACGCAAAUGAUACCCACACACUCUACAAUAUCACAAACACCUUUUUAACACUUAUUUAUGAGCCUGCAGCAGCAGUAUGGAUGGAUGAAGGAAUGAGCUGUGAGGAGGACAGGAUGCAGAGGAAGGGUUCAGGGAAGAGCUGCUUCCUGAGGGCUCAUCUCUUACAAAUGUAUAUUCACAUCAUCUGGGGAUCUAUGAAAUCUUAAAUAAAUUUUAUUUACAGUAA